AUGACCUCUGCUGAUGAUCAAUACAACAUCCUCUGGCUCAACGGUCAGCCCGGGUCCGGCAAGACAACACUAGCAUUCACCGUCGCACAGCGUUGCCGUGCCAGCCGUACCUUGGGUGCCAACUUCUUCUGUUCCCGAUCGGACUCCGAUUGCAGCAACGCCUCGCUGGUCUUCACGACGAUUGCUUACCAACUUGGAUUGUUCUACGAGCCUUACAAGGACCUGGUAGCGGAGAUACUCAAGAAGGACCCCCAGUUGGUAUACUCUAGUGUCUCUCGCCAAUUUGAGGAGCUCAUAGUCCAGCCGCUGACACACCUCCGUGGUGGCUUCCCUCCAUGUGUCAUAGUGAUCGACGCACUCGACGAGUGUCGAGACCCCCAGGUCACGUCUGCAGUGCUAUCUACUCUGCUGAAACACGCAGAGGAUCUCUCCCCUCUCCGAUUCUUCGUCACCAGCCGUCCCGAACGGCACAUUAUUACCAGGUUCGAUUCUCCUAAUUAUCGCAGUGCGUCUGGCCGGCUCCUCUUACACGAAGUCCCGCUAGAGUCUGUCGCUCCGGAUAUCAAGAAGUACGUCACGACAUCCCUAUCGGAGGUCAGACUGGAGUUUGGCCUGGCAGAGUCCUGGCCUGACGAGGCCGAUAUCGAUAUUGUCAGCCGGUUGGCCAAUGGGUCGUUCAUAUUUGCCGCGACCGCCACGAAAUUCAUUGGGGACCCGGGCUACGACGAUCCAGUUGGACAGCUGAAGACGCUCACAUCCGCU